UAAGUUGGUUGUCUUAUAAUUGUAGAAGGUAGCGUUGCGGUACAGUAAAUACUUGUUUCGAAAGCCUGCAACAGCUUCCGGUUUUAACAUCAAAAGCUUUGAACCGUAGAGCAAUAAAUUAUCUCUGAUAUUCAUUUCAUAUUGGCGAUAAAGCAGGAGAAAAUCGAGUAACUUGUGUUUCAACUAGCUCGCAGAAAAAUUUUGGUAGAUAAGUCCCCUUCCUUGAUGAGAUUUCCCACCCCCUCGAUCUUCCCUCAGCCUGCCAUCAGGCUUCAUGAAAGCCUGAGAUGUUAAUAAACUCCAAGAGUCUGGGCUCCACUUCUCGGUCUCUGACCUUCGUUAGAGGGUGUCUUAUUAAAGCAUAAAAUAUUCUUAACUGCGAAGCCAUCAUUUUCGAACUGUUUACAUUUCCAGUCAAAUUAUGAUUUAAAGUUAAAAAUACGUUGUGAAGCUUCCAGUUCCUUUGUGUGACUUUGGAUCUCGAGCGAGGUCUGGGGUAAGCGUCCUAAAGCCUUGACUUUUCGCCGAAAAAGGCCGGAAACAUUUUGGAGUUCUUGGAAAGAUACGCAUCAGUGAGACGUGUCGAAGACGUUUCAUGUGGAAUUCAAAUUUGCGUUAUGAAAUGAUUUGCUUUCUACAGAAAGACUAUCAAACCUUAAUUUAAAGAGGGCUAACAGAUCGCAACCACGAAAGUUUUCUUAUCGCUUUAAGGGCUCCCGCGAUCACAGACCUAGAUCAAAGUUGGUAGAAAAAGCGAUCCAUACAACAUGGAAGGAGCAGAGGUUGAUGUUUAUCAUCUCGAUCGUCUGCAAGCUUUCAACGACGCUGUUUUCGCCAUAGUUGCCACUAUCUUAGUUCUGCCGGUGCGAAAACUCGAAGAGACAGGGGCCUCGGAGCACGUCAGCUUGGAAGAACAACUAAAACAUAGAUGGCCCCAGCUUGUGAUCUACAUGGUCGGUUUUCUCAUGAUGUGCGCUGUAUGGGAGUCUCAUGUGCUUCGAUUUCGUAUCUUGUCACGGGUGGACGAUGUCAUGAUCUGGUUCAACCUUACUUCUCUGCUGUUUACUUCGUGCCUCCCGUUCACGUGCGCUCUAGAGGGAACGUUUACAACCAAGGGUACACCAAUGGCGCUGGUAUGCGGAAAUCUAAUUUCUUUGGAGAUAUUGGAGGUAAUCAUGAUAGUGUAUGCUUUCCGCCAGCCACGUUUGUUGGCUCAAGAAUUUGACACUCUCACCCAAGAUGAAAUGAAGCAAAGAAUGAAACUUAUGCUCGUAAAGAAAGCCGUCAUAGCAAGUCUUUACGUGCUCGCUGGUCUCCUUAGCUUCUUACAGAAGCCGCUAGCGCUCGUGGUAGCGGCUGUUGUCGCCGUGUCCCCUUGGAUUAAUCGUCUUGUCGGUGUUACUUAUCGCAAAUGGUCGCAUAUUCGUCUGACUGACUCGGAAUUCGAUCGCAUGUUCGGGAAUUUCAUCGACAAAGAGAGAGUGGAAUUCUUUAGCGACGGAGUCUUCGCUAUCGUGUCUACGUUGUUAAUUCUAGAUGUUACAGUCGAAGAUUUCCCGACGAAAGCGGAAAUAAGCAGCCAUGGUUUUGUAUAUACGAUGCAAAACGUUAGGCCAGACAUUUCCACGUAUGCAGUCACGUUCAUAGUCGUGGCUCUUCUGUGGUUCACGCACCAUUCGCUCUUCAACUACAUCCAUACACUAAACCAAGUAAUGCUAAUUCUCAACAAUUUAUCUCUGGCUUUCCUGGGUCUUUUUCCCCUGAUCAACGCCACACUGGAUCGUUACGCCGGACGCGGCAAACCAGAUAGUCGCCUUGCUCUCCAAGCGGCUGCUUCAAUCGUUUUCAUGGCCGGCAUAUCUCAAGGAGUAGUGUUUAUUAUCGCAAUAUGGAAAGGCCCGACUGAUCCGGAAUCGCAAGAAAAUCCUCGCGAGGAUCCUCGCUUUCGGUGUACGGCACACUCGUAUCUCGCGUUCAAGCUGGCAACUAUUCCUCUCAUGACCUUAAUGGUGUAUUUUUGGGCAACAUUCGGCCCUAACACAUCCUUUUCAGUAGAUGUUUAUUACAUAGCCGGUGGAUUAACCCCAGUUCUUUUCAUCCUGUUAAAGCUCGUGUUAUCAUGUUUGCAGAGGGUUCACUAUCGCCGCUCAUUUCAAAUACGAGAAGAAAACUGGACCAUCGUAACUCAUGACCUGGAAUCAGAGGAUUAUCCUAGAGUGGUUUAGAGCCUUUAACAGAAGCCUGCAAGAAAGUUUCAUUCGGAAAUCGCGAGAUUGUGGGCAGUCAUUUGCAUUGUGAUGGUGCCCGUGACCUGUUACUCCUUAUCUCUUUGCGCUGGCGUGACUCGUCGUUGCGUGAAGCUUCGCUCUCGCCAUUUGUAAAAACGACGGAGGCUUGGGUCGGGGUACGCGGCUUGACCCAGGCCUCUCUCGUUUUCCAACCCUCCGCUACCAUCGCACUGUUUGCUACCCCAAUUCGUUUUUCUGACUGAACGCUUGAAACAGGCUUUCCAAUCGAAUUUGGACAAUUAAUGUUUCGAAGUAAACCUGGCUAAAAGCAGAGACAAAAGAAAAUCAUCAGUUUUCUUUAAGAGGGAUUUCUCUGAGCUUCUAUAGAAGUAGUUUGCUUUAGAAACCAUCUAAUGUUUAGUUUAGCUCUUAAGAUUACUUUUAGAAUUGAUCUACUGACUGCAAAGAAUAACUUAAUUUUC